AUGACGCUUCCGGAGUUUUUUGGUUGUUCCUUCAUCGCAUUUGGAACUCCCUUUGCGAUGUUUGUUUUCACAAUAGCGAACGAUUCGAUUCGCAUAAUUAUUCUUAUUGCAGCAGCCUUCUUUUGGUUAUUAUCGCUCUUGUCAUCAGCCUUGCUCUGGUUUGCUAUUGUACCAUUACGCGAAUACUUAUGGUUUGGUGUAAUAUUCUCGGUGCUAUUUCAAGAGGGCUUUCGUUACAUUAUUUAUCGUAUACUGCGACGCACGGAGCAAGGUCUUCAGGCCGUUUCUGAGAAUCCGAGCAUAAUAGAAAACAAACAUAUUCUAGCAUAUGUUUCAGGACUUGGAUUUGGUAUAAUAUCGGGCAUGUUUUCAAUGGUUAAUCUCCUAGCAGAUAUGUCGGGCCCAGCAACCAUGGGACUUAAAGGAGGCUCGGAGGUGUUCCUAAUAACUUCGGCGACACAAGCACUUGCUAUGAUAUUGUUACACACUUUUUGGAGUAUUAUAUUUUUCAAUGCCUUUGACGUUAAUAAUUAUAUGCACAUAGCUUACGUUGUUGGAACACAUCUCUUUGUUUCGCUGAUUACAUUGCUGAAUGUACAUGAGAUGUAUUUAGCCACGUUAUUACCCAACUACAUUAUUCUCUUAGCGACUGCCGCUUUGGCAUUUAAGGUAGCUGGAGGCAGCAAAACUUCGCUGUUGCGUUUCGUUAAGUGCCAAUGAGACCAAAACAUAUGUAGAUAUACGUACAAUACCGAAAUAUUUGAACACCUUUGGCAUUGACUAAAUUAAAUCAAUCAAUUAAUUUUAUAUGUAUCAGUGUAAUACUAGUUAAGACUACAUAACUAUCAUACUAAUAAUAUAAGUAAUUCAACUUCA